AUGACCAACUGUGUUGUAUGGGUGAUUCUAGUGGGGCCUGUGUUCGGGGGCCGAUGCGGCGCGGAGGCGCUCGGUCUGGGGCUGGGGCUGUCGCCGGGCCCGGCCUACAGGUUCGCUCUGCCCCCGGGACUCGCUGCCAAGACCACCCGCUGCCUUGUAUUCGACCAAGGCAAGAAGAAAUUCCCCUCGGAUCCAUCUUGCUGCCCGGUAUGCGGAGUGACAGUGAGACCUCAAGAACUGGAGCAACAUUUUGCUCAAGAGCUCGAUCGAUUGUACAAGGUCUCCUCGGCAUCUUCAAGACCUCGGCCCUCGAGGUCGGCUUUACCGCCGACGCAUCCCCAAGAUCAUCCCCAUGGCCCGAUGCUGCACGCCCCAUCGGCGGCGGAUGGCACCCCUCAGGGUAGAUGGGAGACAUACAAGAGGAUCAAGGCCAAUAGACAGGCCAGAAUACGCGUUAAGAAUCGGAAGCGAAAAGCGGACGAGGCGUCCUGUCCGGUUUGCAGCGAGAGACUGUCGGGCACGUCGGAGGAAUUGAAUCAGCACGUCGACCGUUGCCUGAACAAGCAGAACAACGGGAACCCGGCCGGGCAGAACGCGAACGUCGACGAGGAGGAGGUCGACGUCGAGGGCGACCCCGAGUACGAGGAGUACGAGUGGGCCGGCCAGACAAGAGUGCGCGCCACUUCCAUGCUCGUCGGUGGAUUUUCCGCCGCAGGCCUCGCCACUUCCUCGAGCAACCGUGCAGGUGCCAGGGGCGGGGGCGGCAAUCAAGAGGACGAGGACGUCGACCUAGUGGUUGACGGCGACGACGCCGCCGAGUUCGGUCCGGCCCAGUAUUCCGAGGCGGACGUGGUCGCGCCGCGAGUCGACGGCACGCCGCGAGAGCAGAAGGAACGGGACGCGCUUCGCGAGGCCGUCAUCUCGCCGAACGCGCCGCACACGCCGCAACAGCUGACCCCCGACUCCGGACUGACGGCGCAGGGCCUGGUCGAGGUGAAGCCGGAGCCGGGCGCUGCGACGCCCGUCGCCCAACAGAACGAUCCCGACGAGGGUGCCUCCGGGUCGCCCAGGAGGGACGGCGACACGCCCGUCGUUGAGGCCCUUCGCGGUCGCGUCCGCGAGCUCGAGGCCGAGAUGCGCGGGCAACCCUUCAAGUGUCUCAUCUGCAUGGAACAAUACAAGAAGCCGGUCACUUCGGUUUGUUGCUGGCACGUACACUGCGAGCAAUGCUGGCUGCACACGCUGGGCGCGAAGAAGCUCUGUCCGCAAUGCAACAUGAUAACGUCGCCGUCCGAUCUGCGGCGUAUCUACAUGUGA